AUGUGUGUUUCAGGCAAGGGUGAGAGCAUCUGGGACCACACGCUGCACGCACAGCCCAACCUGACGUCAGACGGCCAGAACGGCGACGUGGCGGCCGACUCGUACCACAAGUACAAGGAGGACGUGAAGCUGCUCGUCGGACUCAAUGCGAACGUGUACCGUUUCUCCCUGAGCUGGCCUCGAAUCCUGCCGACUGGGGACACGGACAACAUCAACCAGGCCGGCAUCGACUACUACAACAACCUCAUCAACGAGUUGCUGGCGAAUGGAAUCCAGCCGAUGGUGACGCUGUACCACUGGGAUCUUCCCCAGGAACUGCAGAAACUGGGAGGCUGGCCUAACGCCGUCAUCGCCGACUACUUCGUCGAGUUCGCUCGCAUUGCCUUCGAGAACUUCGGAGACAGGGUGAAGCUGUGGCUGACCUUCAACGAGCCGGACAUGUUCUCCAACGGCUACUCGUCGGCCACGGCCCUGGCGCCGGGCGUCGCCGACUACCUGCUGGCCAAGGCGGUGCUGCUGGCGCAUGAGCGCGUCUACCGACUCUACGACCAGAGGUUCCACCCGACGCAGGGGGGCAGAGUGGGCAUCACUCUCAACAUCGACUGGUACGAGCCGCUGACGAGCAGCGCCGAUGACGCCGAGGCGUCGGACCGCCAGCUGCAGUUUGAGGUAAGACGUCAUCCGUCCAUCGUCACCUAG